UUAAUUCACAAAUUUUGCUAUUCUUGCUGCAUACCAUAUUCUUUAUACCAUUUAAUCUUAUUUCACGAUGAGAAAACUACACAUUUUAAAUCUCAUAAUACUCAUUAUCAUUGGUAAUAGUGGAAUUCAAGGUUAUUAUAAAGGAGAGGGUGUUCAGAGGGGAAUUGACCAGAAUACCUUAGAAAGGGUGUUCAGAAUAGCCGAUGAAAUAGGGGAAUAUGCUCAAUCAGUUCCACACAUUUUUAAAAUUGUUAGAAAAAACUUGGAAUCCUUAGAGAGAGAAGUUAAGAUCAAAGCAUUACUUCCUUCCAGUAGUAGAAUCGAGGCCUUCAGGUUGAUUUGUGAACCUUUUAAUAGAUUCCUGACUGAAAGUCCUAGGGACUACUUUAUACAUAACCCACCCAGAGGUACUGCCUAUAAUGUACAGCUAAACAAUGCCAAGGAGGCUGUUAGGGAGGUAUAUAGAAGAAUUCAAAGGCUCUGGCUCGAUGGAUAACUACUUUUACCCAAAUUUACUUAUUUU